GACUGUCGGCUGGAAAAGGCCGUUUUCAGCGGACUGAUAAAGCCUGAAGCGCGUCUCGUUGAUCGGUGUCAUAAUAAAGCCUGGAAUAAACCCACCGGGCUCCUUCAUGUCCCGGGAUGGAGAGUUGCUGCCGUUCAUGUAUGCCGUGUUUAAGCCGGCUGUGGAACUGGAUAUGGCCCGACUUCCGCUACCCAAACGUCCCCAACCACAACCAUGUAAUCGCCAACCCGGCGGCGCAUGCGGCGGAGAUCCGCACCGUGUCCGGCGAAAUCCGCGUCCCGUCGCCCAAGAAGCGGCCGGUGCAGCUGUACGCGGCGCUCUUCGACUUCGUGGCCCGCAGCGACGACGAGCUGACGGUGAAGGAGGGGGACAAGCUGUCGGUGAUCGAGAAGCGGGGGCAGUACGUGCUGGCCAAGAAGCUGACCGGGUCUUUGGAGUCCGGACUGAUCCCGGCGAACUACGUGGCUCUGCUGCAGGACGAGUUCGCCAAACACAAGUGGUACUAUGGCAACAUAAACCGAGUGAAAGCUGAAAAGCUGCUUCUGGCUUCCCAAAACAAAGAUGGCUCCUUCCUGGUUCGGAUCAGUGAGAGUCACAGCGAUGAGUACACAAUCUCCGCCCGCAGUGAGGGGAAAGUGUACCACUUCAGGAUCCAGCGCUCCACCAUCGGUGCGUACUUCGUCUCAGAUAAGAUCUCCUUCGCCACGCUGGGAGAGCUCAUCUCCUACUACCAGAAAACCCCCCGCAGCCUGGGGGUGCUGCUGGAGGAGCCCUGCGCCCAGCAGCGGGAACUGUUCGACAUGGAGCCGUGGGAGAGACCUCGAGAGGAGUUCAGGCUCCACAAGAAGCUGGGAGAGGGACACUUCGGAGAGGUGUGGGAGGCUCUGUGGACCACAGAGAACAAGAGGGUAGCCAUAAAGAUGCUGAAACAAGAGGACACAAAGCAGGACGAGUUUGUGAAGGAAGUUCAGGCGCUUAAGAGCCUCCAUCACCCGAAACUGAUCCAGCUGUUGGCCAUGUGCUCCAGAGGAGAGCCGGUCUACAUCGUGACUGAACUCAUGAGCAAAGGAAGCCUCAAGUCCUACCUUGCCUCUGCUGAAGGCCAGGUGCUGACAUCAGCUCACCUGAUCUACAUGGGCAGUCAGAUUGCGGAGGGCAUGGCCUACCUGGAGGACAGGAACAUCGUCCACAGAGACCUGGCUGCUAGGAACAUCCUGGUGGGAGACGAUCUGGUCUGCAAGGUGGCCGACUUUGGACUGGCUCGUAUUAUUAAGGACAGUGUUUAUACAGCUAGUCGAAACACAAAGAUCCCAGUGCGGUGGACAGCACCUGAGGCGGCGAUCUACCAGAGGUUCUCUGUGAAAUCGGAUGUUUGGUCGUUUGGUGUGCUGCUGUAUGAGAUGAUGUCACGUGGCAAAAUGCCUUAUGAAGGAAAAAGCAACAAGGAGGUGUUGGAUCUGCUGUCAUCAGGGUUUCGGCUGCCCUGUCCAACCCGCUGUCCUCAGAACAUUUACCGUAUCAUGAUGGACUGCUGGGCGGCUGAGCCCUCCAAGAGACCGUCCUUCCACGCCCUGCACAGCCAGUUGGAUUCAAUCUAUGCCAGGAUAUAUUUCAAGACCAUAGAGGUAUAGAAAGAAGGAGACACUUAGAGGUUAUGAAUGGUGCAAGAGCAGAUCCUCUGCAACUGGUCUUUGACAGACGGAUGGGACUACAAAAAUGAAGGAGAACGGAAAAGGGAAAGAGAAAUAUCCAGGAAUAUUCUCCUCCCUUGUGCAAUACACUUCCACAAGAAGGUACAUGUACUUUAAAAACACCAAGGUGUGAAAGGACAGAGGGACAAAGAGCAUCUGAAAUGGACAUACACAAGAUCGAGAG